AUGCUCCUGGUCUCAGUCCUGGUCCCGGUCCUGGUCCCGGUCCUCCUGCUGCUGCUCAGCGGCACCACGGCAGCCGUUCACAACGACGCCACGGAGUCCAUCAGCCCGCAGCCGGAGCUCCAGCAGCCGCAGCCGCCGGAGGAGGGCGACGCCAACCAGGCCCGCAACGGAGGGAGGAGGCCGCCCGAGGCCGCACCGCACAGCGGUCCGGACCAGAGCCAGGUGGGCUGCAGGGAGCUCCGCUCCACCAAGUACAUCUCGGACGGCCAGUGCACCAGUGUCAGCCCCAUCAAGGAGCUGGUGUGUGCCGGCGAGUGCCUGCCCAACCACCUGCUGCCCAACUGGAUCGGCGGCGGCGGCGGCGGCGGGCGCUACUGGAGCCGCCGCGACGCGCAGGAGUGGCGCUGCGUCAUCGACCGCACCAGGACCCAGCGCAUCCGGCUGCAGUGCCACGACGGCAGCGCCCGCACCUACCGCAUCACCGUGGUCACCUCCUGCAAGUGCAAGCGCCACAGCCGGCAGCAGAACGAGUCCGGCCAGCGCCCGGCGCCGCCGCCGCCGCCGCACGGCGCCAGGCCCCGCAAGAACCCCGGAGACAAGGCGGCGCCGCCCGAGGAGCUGGCUCAGGCUGACAUCUAGAGCACCACACACUGCUGGACAGCAGGAACUCUGGACACACACACACACACACACACACACACAAGCACACACACACACACAGCUGGGCCUCAGACCCACCAUGGCCCCUGUUCAGGUGUUUCCCUCUACACACACCUUCUAACACACACCUUCUGACACACACCUUCCAACACACACCUUCCAACACACACCUUCUCUGAGCUUUCAACCCUCGACACACACCUUGCUAAAAAGCUCCUGACUGAAUGUGGAGAACACUCCUGAGAUGUUUGGUUCUGGAGUCUGAGCCGAUCGCACUUGAAGCAUUUACUAAAGGUUUCUUUCUCAUGUCUGAAUUCUUGCUUGUGUUGAACGUUGCUUUGGACAAAAGCGUCUGCUGAAUGAAACUGUAGAAUUGUAGAGUCUGCAGUCAUCCCUCUCUCUCUCUCUCUCUCUCU